UCGCCGCGUAGUUGAAUUCCAAGAGAAGAACUGUGCAGAGCAGUUCAAAUCUUUAAACGGAAAAGCUCAACUGUGAGAGAUUUCUCAGAGAAACUGAAUUUUCGAAUUGCCUCAACAGCUGCAAGAGAGACACAAUAGGCUACUUACCCUUAUAUUUUCUGAGGCGCGUUUGAAGACACAGAUUUCAGUGUCCUCGAGGAAAAACACCCAUUUGGGUUCAUUUUUUACACAGAACAAGACACCUGACACGAUAGCUAUUCACACACAAGUUUUUUCACACCAUAGUGUGGGCUAUUUGGCGCAAUGCUCAUCAGGAGGAUAUUUUGACAUAUGGACUACACAGCGAAUAAUAAAAGUCAAGUGAUGGGGCAAUGCUAUUAUAUUGUCUGUCCCAAUCUCAAAUGGACUUGUAGCCUACAGUGCAUCAUGGAUAUGAACUUAUUGUACCGGUACUGCCUAGGAAGAAUGAUGAAACCCUAUUUGCUGUUCGCGAUCCUUUCUUUCAUAGUGACGCUCCGAUCUUGUCAAUCAAAUUGUGAGGAGCAAGAGCCUCAGGAGUCAAUGCAAGAGGAAAGGUUGAACAUUGACAACUUCCCACGUGACUUCCUGAAGAGGUAUAAUGACAUAGAUUAUGACACCUUUGUUGGGCUGAUGGGCAGAAGAAGUGCUGGGAUGAAUAAUCUACCUCCACUAAAAAGAGACAUGGACGACAUCUUUGUGGGACUUAUGGGCCGAAGGAGCUCAGAAUCCAGUAAGAGUCAUCUGCAAUCGUGGAGAAAAGAGGGGUAUCCACAGGGAAGAGGCGCCAUUCUAUUCAACAAGGGUAAACUGAGGUUUCGCCGUGGUGUUUAGGACCAGCUUUUCAGCCCUUUACUCCAUGUUCUCCGGAACACAUUCCCUCUUAAUUUCAGUUUGAGUGUUUCAGACCCUAGAUAGUUUACAGAAAGCUUAAACCUUUACCAGUCAAGUUUCUUAGGGAGCUCAUCCAGUGAAAACCUGAAAAUCUGAAACUUGGGAGUCAAAGAGUUAAGAGGGAGUUCACUGAUAAGGAGUAAAUGAACAUGUUAGCUGCAAUUUUUUAUGCCGUGUCUGUGUAAAUCUGUGUUUUCCUUAUUUAAAACAAACUGUUGGAUGUAAACUCCUUUUCAGCAGGUUUUUCAGCAGAUUAAGCAUAUUUUAUGUUGUCUAAAGCGCCAGAUCUAUUCAGUAUGUAUGUCAAACGAUUGCUUCUGAAUAAAUGUGGAGUUUCUUUAAAAGUAUAUUUUUUGGAAAUAAAAACAAAUUGCUUGA